AGUGGAUACAAGCUUUACCAUUCAGCAAAGAAAACUAUGGAAGUAAACGGUAGCAGACGUUUCUGUUUAAAAUCACCCAAAUAUUAUCAGAAACACAAAAAUUCCAUCAAGUGCACCAACCACAAGGUUCAUACUCCAUAACAACAUCAAACACCUGUACUGUGCACCAUUAAGAUUUUUUUUUUUUUUAUUUAUAAGGAAAAUUAUAACCAAAAGAAAAAAAAAAGAUUUAAUAGAAGAUAUUAGUCAGUAUGUGCCUACCAAAUACAUGAUCUUCUUUGUUUGUCUACACCUAGUGACAACCGUGUCCUACAAACAGUUGCUUCUUGAGAGAGAAACAGGGUAUAAUUAUAAACAGAGUUCAAUAACUGAGAAACAGAUAGAAACAGAGUGCUCUGCUUUGUCUCUCUAUGUUCUUUUCUGUGAUUGUGUAGUAUCUACUUAUUCUACCCCUUCUGCAGAGGACCUGAAAUCAAAUGGCUGAGAUGGAUGGAAAAUCUGAAACUUUAGACGCCGUAUUGAAGGAAGCUGUGGAUUUGGAGAACGUGCCUCUUGAAGAGGUUUUUCUGACCUUGAGGUGCAACAGACAUGGGCUCACAUCUGAGGCUGCUGAGCAAAGGUUGGUCAUUUUUGGGUACAACAAGCUUGAGGAGAAGAAGGAAAGUAAGGUUUUGAAGUUUUUGGGGUUUAUGUGGAACCCUCUGUCAUGGGUGAUGGAAGCUGCAGCUAUCAUGGCCAUAGCGCUUGCCAAUGGAGGAGGAAAGCCUCCUGAUUGGCAAGAUUUUGUUGGGAUCAUUACUCUGCUUAUUAUCAAUUCAACUAUAAGUUUCAUAGAAGAGAACAACGCGGGAAAUGCUGCUGCUGCUCUUAUGGCCCAUCUUGCCCCCAAAGCCAAGGUCUUUCGAGGCGGGAGGUGGAUUGAGGAGGACGCAUCCAUUCUUGUUCCUGGUGAUAUAAUCAGCAUUAAGCUUGGGGACAUAAUUCCUGCAGAUGCUCGUCUCCUUGAUGGCGAUCCAUUGAAAAUUGAUCAGUCUGCACUUACAGGCGAGUCACUUCCUGUGACCAAAGGGCCCGGCGACAGCGUAUAUUCGGGUUCAACGUGCAAACAGGGAGAGAUUGAAGCAGUGGUAAUUGCCACCGGUGUUCAUACCUUUUUCGGUAAGGCUGCUCACCUUGUGGACACCACGAAUCAACAGGGCCACUUUCAAAAGGUGUUGACUGCCAUUGGGAAUUUCUGUAUAUGUUCGAUUGCCGUGGGAAUGAUUAUUGAGAUCAUAGUCAUGUACCCAAUUCAACAUCGCAAAUACCGACCAGGAAUUGACAAUCUGCUUGUGCUACUUAUUGGAGGAAUUCCCAUUGCUAUGCCCACAGUUUUAUCUGUGACAAUGGCUAUUGGUUCCCAUCGCUUAUCUCAGCAGGGCGCUAUCACUAAAAGAAUGACAGCAAUUGAAGAAAUGGCAGGCAUGGAUGUCCUUUGCAGUGACAAAACUGGCACUCUGACAUUGAAUAAGCUUUCGGUUGACAAAAAUCUUUUAGAGGUCUUUGCUAAAGGGGUGGAUGCAGACACCGUUGUUCUAAUGGCUGCUCGAGCCUCCCGAAUGGAAAAUCAAGAUGCAAUAGAUGCUGCUAUUGUGGGAAUGUUGGCUGAUCCGAAGGAGGCUAGAGCCAGCAUUCAAGAGGUGCACUUCCUUCCAUUCAACCCAACAGAUAAGCGAACAGCUCUGACAUAUAUUGACAGUCAAGGUAAAAUGCAUCGCGUCAGCAAAGGUGCACCAGAGCAGAUUUUGAAUCUUGUACACAAUAAAUCAGAGAUAGAACGUAGAGUACAUACUGUGAUUGAUAAAUUUGCGGAGCGAGGUUUACGAUCCCUAGCAGUGGCAUACCAGGAAGUUCCAGAUGGAAGGAAGGAGAGCCAGGGAGGGGCUUGGCAAUUUAUUGGCCUCAUGCCUCUGUUUGACCCGCCUAGACACGAUAGUGCAGAGACAAUUAAAAGGGCAUUGAACCUUGGGGUUAAUGUUAAGAUGAUUACAGGUGAUCAACUGGCAAUAGCAAAAGAGACAGGACGCCGUCUAGGUAUGGGAACCAACAUGUAUCCAUCGUCCAGUCUGUUAGGACAGAACAAAGAUGAGUCAAUUGUUACUUUGCCAGUUGAUGAACUUAUUGAAAAAGCUGAUGGGUUUGCUGGUGUUUUCCCGGAACACAAGUAUGAAAUUGUCAAACGAUUGCAAGCCAGAAAGCACAUAUGUGGAAUGACUGGCGAUGGAGUUAAUGAUGCUCCUGCUCUUAAAAAAGCCGAUAUCGGCAUAGCUGUCGCUGAUGCAACUGAUGCAGCUCGUAGUGCUUCCGACAUUGUCUUGACAGAACCUGGCCUUAGCGUCAUCAUAAGUGCCGUAUUAACCAGUAGGUCCAUAUUCCAGAGGAUGAAGAAUUACACGAUAUAUGCUGUUUCCAUUACAAUCCGUAUUGUGCUUGGUUUCAUGUUACUGGCACUCAUAUGGCAAUUUGACUUCCCACCUUUCAUGGUGUUGAUUAUUGCAAUUCUCAAUGAUGGUACCAUCAUGACGAUAUCGAAGGAUAGGGUGAAACCCUCUCCUCUCCCAGACAGCUGGAAACUGUCAGAGAUCUUUACAACCGGAAUCAUCCUCGGUGGUUACCUGGCUAUGAUGACGGUCAUUUUCUUUUGGGCAGCAUGCAAGACAGACUUCUUCCCUCGCACAUUUGGGGUUUCAAGCCUCCAGCACAAGAACGAGGAUGACAACAGGAAGCUUGCCUCGGCAGUGUACCUGCAAGUGAGCACCAUCAGUCAGGCCCUCAUAUUCGUCACCCGUUCCCGGAGUUGGUCUUUUGUUGAGCGUCCUGGUCUGUUACUUGUAGCAGCUUUUGUUAUUGCUCAGCUGAUUGCUACGUUGAUCGCCGUCUAUGCCAAUUGGAGUUUUGCUGCAAUUAAGGGAAUUGGGUGGGGGUGGGCUGGCGUUGUUUGGCUAUAUAACCUCGUCUUCUAUUUCCCACUUGAUUUUAUCAAGUUCGUCGUCCGAUAUGCUCUGAGCGGGAGAGCGUGGGAUCUCAUAAUUGAUCAAAGGAUUGCCUUCACGAGGAAGAAGGAUUUCGGAAAGGAAGAAAGGGAGCUAAAAUGGGCACAUGCACAGAGGACCCUCCAUGGGCUGCACCCACCAGAAGCCAAUAUAUUCGGCGACCGCAGUAAUUACUCAGAACUGAAUCAGAUGGCUGAAGAGGCAAAGAGACGAGCUGAAAUUGCCAGGCUGAGAGAAUUAAGUACCCUGAAAGGGCAUGUGGAAUCAGUGGUGAGAAACAAGGGCCUGGACAUAGACACAAUUCAGCAAUCAUACACAGUCUGAGCCUCUCCUUUGCAACUCCAACUCUCCAUAGUAUUAGUAUUUGUAAUAAUGUAAAGACAAAGAAGAUAUUUAAUUGUGAUUUUGAGGCUUUUUAUUUAUUUAA